UUGUCGGUCACACGUCGUCGGUCGUCUGGGCUGCUAGCUAACGGCGGAGGAAGAAGAAGAUGGGCUCCGUCCUGAGUCGCAGAAUCGCUGGGGUUGAAGAUAUCGACAUCCAAGCCAAUUCGGCCUAUCGUUUUCCACCUAAAUCCGGGAAUUAUUUUGCCAGUCAUUUCUUCAUGGGUGGAGAAAAGUUUGACACGCCACAUCCUGAGGGAUAUCUUUUCGGGGAGAACAUGGACUUGAAUUUUCUGGGGAACAGGCCAGUGCAGUUUCCUUACGUGACUCCUGCACCCCAUGAGCCGGUGAAAACCCUCAGAAGUCUGGUCAACAUACGAAAGGACUCGCUGCGUUUGGUCAGGUAUAAAGACGACUCUGACACUACGGUGGAGGAGGGUGGCAAACCUAAGGUUCAGUACGGCGUGGAGUUCACCUUUGACGCUGACGCUCGGGUGGCCAUCACUCUCUACUGCCAGGCUUUUGAGGAGUUCUCCAAUGGGAUGGCCGUGUACAGCCCAAAGGAUUCAGCGAUGGCCUCGGAGACAGUCCACUACAAGAGGGGCGUCAGCCAGCAGUUUUCUAUGCCGUCUUUCAAAAUCGACUUCACUGAGUGGAAAGAGGAAGACCUGAACUUUGACCUGGACCGAGGAGUGUUUCCCAUGGUGAUCCAAGCGGUGGUGGACGAAGGGGACGAUUGCCUCGGACAUGCUCAUGUUCUUCUGGCAGCCUUUGAACGACACGUGGAUGGCAGUUUCUCCGUGAAGCCACUGAAGCAAAAGCAAAUUGUGGACCGUGUGAGCUACCUCCUACAGGAGAUCUACGGCAUCGAGAACAAGAACAACCAAGAAACUAAGCCGUCAGACGACGAGAACAGCGACAACAGCAACGAGUGCGUGGUGUGUUUGUCGGACCUGCGGGACACCCUCAUCCUGCCCUGCAGACAUUUGUGCUUGUGCAACUCCUGCGCCGACACCUUGCGCUACCAAGCCAACAACUGUCCCAUCUGCAGGCUGCCCUUCAGGGCCUUGUUGCAAAUCCGAGCCGUGAGAAAAAAGCCCGGAACGCUCUCUCCCGUCUCUUUCAGUCCUGUUCUGGCUCAAACGAUGGACCACGAUGAGCACUCUAGCUCUGACUCGGUCCCACCCGGCUUUGAGCCCGUCUCGCUGUUGGAGGCUUUGAACGGAAUGCGUUCAGUGUCCCCCCCCAUUCCCUCGGUACCCCUCUACGACGACAUCAACUUCUCGGGCGGCGACGGGAGACCGCUGAGCUCACCGGAGCAUUUGAGCGACGGUGGCCUGCAGAAGGGCAAAGUCAGCAAGUCACCUGACAGCACUUUGAGGUCUCCGUCUUCUCCCAUCCAGGAGGAGGAUGAGGAGAAGUUGUCUGAGAUGUCAGACGUUCAGCCGCACACGCUUCUGUCCAGCAGUCCCGCCCCCACAGACGCCACAGCAACUGAAGACGUCGCCGACUCGCUGUCCCCAGAUGAUGAGGACAGGAUGCACGCCGGUGCCGACAUCCUCCAGGACUGCGGCAGUGAGCACAGCAGCUUGACCAAAACGCAGAGCGACCCGCCGGGAGAACUGUCGCUGCCAGUCCUAGGUCCUGACUCCUGCUCUGUUGGUAUGGAGGAGUAACAGCGGGUCGUCCGAGUCCACGGAGAGCCUGAAGAGUCAGAGCACAAACUGCUCCAGCCAGCCUCUCCUGUGCCCCUCGAGCAGCUUCCACAGGGAGGACGAGCUCCUUCUCCCCUGACCUCCCCUUCAUCCACAUCCAUGCCUUCCCGCCUCCUUGUCAGCGAGUAUCACGGAGGUUUUCCUCCACUCCAUCGAGGCUAACGUUUAGGAAACUUGUACGCAAUGUGGAUGCUUCGGACUGCUAGUCCCAGCAGUGCUGUUCAAAGCACACUUCCUGUUCAUCUCAUUCAGAUAGUUUUAACCUUCUGUCUAUGUUGUAAUAGCACACUCACCAUAUAUUUAUUCAAUCCAACAUUCUGUAUUUUACUGACUUUUUGGAAGUGAUUUUUACACUUAGUUUAUAAUCCAUGCGGGGUUUGUGCUGAGAUAACAUUUUCUAUUCAAAAGGUAAAUUAAGGCUACGCUGAAAAGAUCAAUGAAAGUAGUUUUGAGUAAAUUAAACAAAAAAAAUGCGGAAUUAUUUUACUCUCACAAUAUUCCGAUUUUUAACAUCAAUUUAUGAUAAUAUUUCUGCAAUGAACUUGUGACUUUAUUUCCGCCUUUCGUUGUCAUUUUUAUUAUAAAAUUAAGACUUUAGCCUCACAUGAAGUGAAGUGAAUUAUAUUCAUAUAGCGUUUUUUCUCUAGUGACUCAAAGCGCUUUACAUAGUGAAAGCCAAUAUCUAAGUUCCAUUUAAAGCAGUGUGGGUGGCACUGGGGUAAAGUGUCUUGCCCAAGGACACAACGGCAGUGACUAGGAUGGCGGAAGCGGGGAUCGAACCUGCAACCCUCAAGUUGCUGGCACGGCCAUUCUACCAACCGAGCUAUACCGCCCCACGUGAUAAACACAUGUUUUUUUUAUUUUGAUUUAGGUAAAUGUGACGUUUUUCCGCAAUUUAUAAUUUUUUAAUGCAAAAUUAUGAAUCUUUUCAGCGUGGCCUAAAUGCUUCCUCAUAAUGUUACGCAGAUACCUUUUAUUAUUUAAAACACACCAAAAUCUAUUCUAAAAGUCCUGUGUUACUUUUUACAAUUGUAUACUCAUACGAUAUAUAUGUUAUUUUGGAAAAAACAUACCAUGCUGAUAUAGACAUAGAUGCAGCUAAAGGUGUACAUUACGAAUAAAUCAAUAAGCGCUGCAACAUGAAUUCAUUGUCAACUAGUUAAGUUGCUUCGGCUGUCUGUUUUUUUGAAGCAGUUUAGAAAAAAAAGGAGCAUUCUGUACAUCUCUGUGCCUUCAAUCGAUUAUUUCCCCCGUUUGUUUGCAUUAAGACAUCCUUGCAAAAAUGCUACAAAGUGUAUAUUUAACUUUUCGUUAUUGUAAUUAGACAAUAUGAAAUAUAAGUGUUGUGUGUUAUAUAAUUAUGCAUUUAAGCAAGGAGUUCAAGGCUACAUCCAACAAUAUGUGCAUUUUUCAGACGCUUUUUAAGGCUUUUCUUUCUUUGGCUCCUUCUCUGUGCCAUUUCAACUCAACACCGUGCCUUCCUGUCCUUGUUCUGACCAUGAUUGAAUCUAGUAAACAGGACAACAAGUCCACAUGAAAUCCUGUAGAGAAGCCUCUUGUGUGUGUAUAGCAGCAUGAGAUCAAUAAAAGAGCAAACGUG